AUGGCCGCGGUCGUGACGCAAACUGAAUGCGCCUCCAAGGGCACGCGAUCACCAGCGUCUUUGCUGAAACUGGCUUCACCGGGAAAUCAGGCUGAGAUGGCCGGAACUCAACCCCAGACGCCAGGUGAAACAGCUGUUUUUGACAUGUCACCGGACACGGCCCUACAGCUGCUUUGUAACAACAUAGAGAAGCUGCGAAAUACCUCGGCAAUGCUUCCCACGGAGUCCAAUACUCCACUCGGAGAUGAAACCCAGAUUGAAGGAGACUCCCCCAUCCCGGCAGUGGGCCUUCAUUGUGGAGAUUCGGAACACGCGUCUGACAGGUCCCCAGAAGAAGCCUUUCAAUUGGCGAUACUCUCUCGGAAGUUCCUCUCCAAGAAAGUGCCUCCUAUCCCGAUCAAAGAUUACCUAUGCCGUCUACAGCAGUACUGUCCCAUGUCCACAGCGGUAGUCCUGGCUACAAGUGUCUAUAUCACGAAGAUGACCUCGGUAGACAAGGUUCUUCGGGUGACGCCGAAGAAUAUGCACCGCCUCGCGCUUGCCGGCCUUCUAGUGGCUACCAAGGCUUUAGAAGAUCUUAGCUUUCCUCACAGCCGGGUUGCUAAAGUUGGCGGAGUGAGUGAGCAAGAACUAUCGAAAUUGGAGAUUAGUUUCUGCUUUUUGGCAAAUUUCGAAUUACGCGUGGAUGCACAGAUGUUGAUGGAUGAGAUCCAACUGCAGUGCAACCAGGACUCGCAGGCUAACGAUCACGAAACAAGUCUUUCGUUAUGA